CUCUCUCUCUCUCUCUCUCUCUCUCUCUCUCAGGUCACCACACAUAUAUUUAACAUCAACCACGCAUGAUUAUGCCCACUUCUCUCUCUAUAAAUCCCACUCUCUCUCCUCCUUACUUGUACGCCUCCCCUUCCGCUUUCCCUUCCGCCUCAUCAAAGUUUCUUGUGUUUGUAAUUCAGCAACAAAACCCCUUAGUCUGAUUUGCAUAAAGACUCGAUCUUUGCAGAGUAAAAGGUCCCAAAAGUUGUUGCAAAGUGAAAGAAAAACGCUUUGGACAGAGACCCUUUAUUGCAGCUAGCAAGAUGACCAUUACAGAGUACAGGGAUGAAGACGAAGAAAAUCCUCCUUCUUUGCUUGAAUCUGAGAUUGUUUCAAAGCCUCGCCGUAUUGCUCUCUUUGUUGAGCCCUCUCCGUUUGCUUAUGUCUCUGGGUAUAAAAAUCGGUUCCAGAAUUUUAUUAAAUAUCUACGUGAAAUGGGAGACGAGGUGAUGGUUGUGACCACACAUGAAGGAGUGCCGCAGGAAUUUUAUGGAGCAAAAUUGAUUGGAUCACGGAGCUUCCCCUGCCCCUUGUACGAAAAGGUGCCUCUUUCCCUAGCACUCAGCCCUAGAAUAAUCUCAGAGGUUGCACAAUUUAAGCCUGACAUAAUUCAUGCAUCAUCUCCUGGUAUUAUGGUAUUUGGUGCACUCGCCAUUGCAAAACUAUUGUCUGUGCCUAUUGUGAUGUCUUAUCAUACCCAUGUUCCAGUAUACAUACCAAGAUAUACCUUUAGUUGGCUGGUCCAACCAAUGUGGCUAGUUAUAAAAUUUCUUCACAGAGCAGCUGAUCUUACAUUGGUGCCAUCAGCUGCCCUUGGAAAGGAGCUUGAAGAGGCUAAUGUGACAACAGCUAACAAAAUUCGUCUCUGGAAUAAAGGCGUUGAUUCCGAAAGUUUCCACCCACGUUAUCGCUCCCAUGAAAUGCGAUUAAGACUCAGCAAUGGUGAGCCUGAGAGGCCAUUGAUAGUCCAUGUUGGGCGAUUGGGAGCUGAGAAGAAUUUGGAAUUCUUUAGGAGGAUCAUGGAUAGGCUCCCAGAAGCACGAAUAGCUUUCAUUGGAGAUGGGCCAUACAGGGAAGAGCUGGAAAAUAUGUUCUCCGGCAUGCCUGCAGUAUUCACAGGGAUGUUACAUGGUGAGGAGCUUUCUCAGGCAUACGCCAGUGGAGAUGUUUUUGUUAUGCCUUCAGAGUCAGAGACACUUGGCCUUGUUGUUUUGGAGGCCAUGUCAUCGGGGCUUCCCGUGGUGGGUGUUCGUGCCGGAGGAAUUCCAGACAUCAUUCCUGAAGAUCAAGAGGGUAAAACUGGUUAUCUUUUUAAUCCCGGUGAUGCUGAUGACUGCUUAAGCAAAUUGGUGCCUCUUUUGCGUGACCAUGAACUAAGAGAAACUAUCGGCAAGGCUGCACGCGAAGAAACGGAAAAGUAUGAUUGGAGGGCUGCCACUCGAAAGAUCCGAAAUGAACAGUAUAACGCUGCCAUUUGGUUCUGGAGGAAGAAGAGAGCAGAGUUCCUGAGACCAUUUCAGUGGUUCUUUAGGCGUAUUUUUCAGGCACCACCAGCAAUUGACUACAGGUGAUUCACAUAAAUCUUGGGAUUUGGGCAUCAGAUAUUGUUAAAGCAUAUUCGUGCUCUGAAGAAGGAUCUUGAAGAUACCUGUGUGAUUGAAUGCUCUCAUUGAUUGUACAAUGUGACCACAAAUUUCAGAACCCUUUUUGAACAUGUCUGAUCUUUUACUGCUUAUAGAGAGCUUUGGAAAGCCUACUUAUCGUGUGCUGUCAUAGUCCUAAUGUCUGAUUUGGAUGUAAUUUAUUUGUAACAAACAUGACAAGGUCAGGGUCUAUUGCAUUGUUCUUUGUCUGUAAAUCCUUGUCUACUUUACGGUGUAAUCAACUUGGUUCAAUCAAAGCUUGUCAGGAGAAACGGUUCCCAAAUCUUUAUCUAUGCGUUUAGCUUUGUAAAUCGCAGAAUAUUAUUUUCUAAUUUAAUUAA